AUGCUUCGCCGGUAUCACAACAUCAAAAUAGAAAAAAGAAAUCAAAAUAAAUAAGUAAAAAAUCAAAUAUGAAAAUAGCUGUUGAAGGAUGUGCUCAUGGAGAGUUGGAAAAGAUUUAUGAAACAAUCGCUGAAAUAGAGAAGAGGGAUAAAAUAAAAAUCGAUCUACUACUAUGCUGUGGAGACUUUCAAUCCACGCGGAAUAUGGAGGAUUUGCAAACUAUGGCUGUUCCUCAAAAAUUCCAGCAUAUGUGUACAUUUUAUAAGUAUUACGCCGGCGAGUUGCGAGCACCAAUGUUAACCAUUUUCGUUGGCGGAAAUCAUGAAGCUUCCAAUUAUUUGCAGGAGUUGCCUUAUGGAGGUUGGGUGGCGCCAAAUAUAUACUAUUUGGGUUAUGCAGGAGUGGUGCAUGUAAAUGGUUUGCGAAUUGCCGGCUUAUCCGGCAUAUACAAAGGUAAUGACUACCUUAAGGGUCGUUUCGAGUUUUCCCCGUAUACGGAGAAUACUAAACGUAGUGUAUAUCAUGUCAGACAAUUAGAAGUGUUCCGCUUAAAGCAGUUAUCGGGGAAGAUUGAUAUUUUCCUGUCACAUGAUUGGCCAAAAGGUAUAUACAAUCAUGGAAAUAAGGACCAAUUGGCCCGUUUCAAACCAUUUCUGCGAGAUGAAAUGGAAAAAGACCAGUUGGGAAGUAGACCUAAUCACGAUUUAUUAAAUGCGCUAAAGCCUUCUCACUGGUUUGCAGCUCAUUUGCACUGUAAAUUCGCGGCCAUUGUCCAACAUAACGAUGAGUGUGGCAGAGUAACGUCUCAAGUGGGCCGAGACGAUAUUCAACAAAAACAGUCUGAUGUUACAAAAUUUUUAGCUCUAGAUAAAUGCCUUCCAAAACGAAGAUUUCUUCAGAUUCUUGACAUUGAAUCGGAAAAUCACACCGAUGACGAGGGUCAACUGACAUUCGAGUACGACCUGGAAUGGUUGACUAUAUUAUAUUUAACGAAUCAUUUGACAAACGUUAAAGAAAGUUACUAUUAUCUGCCCAACGAAAAAAGUGUAAAUGGUGAGCGUUUUAACUUUACCCCUACAACUGAAGAAACUGAGUUUGUACGAAAGAAAUUCGAAAACGAUUUAAAAAUCCCAGAUAAUUUUUGUCGUACUGUUGAAGUAUAUGAUCCGUCCACUCAUCAAAGAGGUCAACAUUACAAACAGCCUAAAUCUCAAAUAAACCCACAGUCGUUAAGUUUUUGCGAUACUUUGGGUAUAGAUGAUCCAUUAAGUUUGGCCAUGCUAAUCGGAGGCCAUGAACUAAGCCAUUCUAGCACCUUGGACAAUACCGAAGAUUCGGCUCUAAACGAGUCUAUUCUCGAUGAACAUAAUUCGAGUCUAAAUACGUCUUCGACAUCCUUUGGUCCUUCGUCUGCAAAAAGUCCGAUGAAGCGUAAAAGCAACAGCGGCUUAAGCUUGCCAAAACCUAAGGCUUCAGAUUCGAAUGUAAGCGGAAAUAAAGAAGAACUGCAAAUCGACGACCAGGAGGAGGUCAACGACAAUAGCUAUAAGGAAGAAAUUAACACAGAUGACAAUAAUCGACCCGAGUCCAUCAACGUUGUGAAAGAAACUGAUUCUUCAGACAAAGUUAAAUCAACAAAUUUGACUAAACCACCUAUUAAAAAGUUUAAAAGGCGUAAUCAAGAUAUCUAUAAUAGCAAAGACGAUGAAUGCGAAGAGUCCAAUUAAAGCGUAUAAUAAUCUCCUCAUCGAGCUUUUACAUCAGUUCAAAUUUUGAAAAAUAUAAUUGUGUGAAAAAAAAAAUUGAUGUUAAAAUUUAAAUAAUUUAUUUUUUAUAACCACAUAGAAAUGUUAGGUAUAUCAUUAAAUUUUGGAACUACCAAUAUGUAUUAAAAGUUGUUUUGCAAAGUAAGAUAGCAAAUACAUGCGCGAUGUCUUAAAUAAGACACACUCUACAAAGGAAGCUUUAAAAUAUAUCUAACAAGAAUAAUCAACAUUAACUUAAAAAUUAGGGCAACUACCUUCACGAUUAGUUAAACACCUACGCGAAUGGUGCAAAGGGACCGGCAUGGGAUAGCUGUGAACAGCACACAGGCUGGAACAUUGAGGUCCGAUCUGUGUGGUGUUCAUUGCUUUCAUGAGAAGCUUAGCUGUGAGCUACCGGAUUGCGGAUAGUGGAAUGCUCCAUACGGAGUAGCUGCGACGGCAGUCGCGAAUAAUCAGGGUUAUCGAGCGGA